CCUUUUUUUUUUUUUUUUUUGUUCCUUUUCAUUAUCCUCCUCCUCGGUCUGCACCCUUCUCCGGACUUCACGCAGAACCUGCGGGUUUCGAAGAGGUGGUGGCCGAGUAGGAGACAAGAGGUGUUAGGGUCCAGGUUUGGUGAGGUUUGGAGUUUUGCUGAUUUUUUUUUUCUCUUGAUUUCAACAUUUUUUUCCCCUAUCUUCUUGGCAGCUGCCGACGCCUCUUACCUGUUCUGCAGCAGCAGCGGCGCUGCUCACAGCAGAGGCUUGGAGAGGAGUGGGGGUGCGUUUUAGACUUUAAGCAACAAGGAAAAAAAAAUAAGCCAAGUCCAUUUUUUUUUCUUCAUCACCCCCAUUUAUUUCCACAGCCUCCAAGCUCAUUAUUUCUGUUGCUUUGGGGUGAGCAAUUCUGUGGUCCCCCCACCUCUGCAAUUCUGACCCGAUCCCGCCUAGGGGUUUCUUCGGUCUCCGCUCACUCUGCGUGCACCUGGCGCGCCUCCUUUUUUCACCCCCAACCUGUUGCAAGUCUUUAAUCCUUGCAAUUGGGACUUGCGUGCAGGCACCUGAAUCCUCCUUGCCUCACAUUUUGCAAGUGUUUGGGGGAGGGCACCUGCUCUACCUGCAAGAGAUUUAAAAAAAAAAAAAAAUCUCCGGGAGCCCUCCUGGCCCUUUCUCUACGCACUCUCGCUCUCCUGCCCCGCCCCAAGGUAAAGCGAGACUCCGAGAAAAUGGUGCUCAGCGCGGUCCUCCUGCUGCUGGCCGCCUAUGCCGGGCAGGCUCAAGCCCUGGGCUCUUUCGUGCACUGUGAGCCCUGCGAUGAGAAAGCUCUGUCCAUGUGUCCCCCCAGCCCUCUGGGCUGCGAGCUGGUCAAGGAGCCCGGCUGCGGCUGCUGCAUGACUUGCGCCCUGGCGGAGGGGCAGUCGUGUGGCGUCUACACUGAGCGCUGCGCCCAAGGUUUGCGCUGCCUCCCCCGGCAGGAUGAGGAGAAGCCGCUGCAUGCCCUGCUGCACGGCCGCGGCGUUUGCCUCAACGAGAAGAGCUAUGGCGAGCAAACCAAGAUAGAGAGAGACUCUCACGAGCAUGAGGAGCCCACCACCUCUGAGAUGGCUGAAGAGACCUACGCCCCCAAGGUCUUCCGACCCAAACACACUCGCAUUUCCGAGCUGAAGGCCGAGGCCGUGAAGAAGGACCGCAGGAAGAAGCUGACCCAGUCUAAGUUUGUGGGGGGCGCAGAGAACACCGCCCACCCCAGAGUCAACCCUGCGCCUGAACUGAGACAGGAAUCUGAGCAAGGCCCCUGCCGCAGACACAUGGAAGCGUCCCUGCAGGAACUCAAAGCCAGCCCACGCAUGGUGCCCCGUGCUGUGUACCUGCCCAACUGUGACCGCAAAGGGUUCUACAAGAGAAAGCAGUGCAAGCCUUCCCGUGGCCGCAAACGUGGCAUCUGCUGGUGUGUGGACAAGUACGGGAUGAAGCUGCCAGGCAUGGAAUAUGUCGAUGGGGACUUUCAAUGCCACGCCUUCGACAGCAGUAACGUUGAGUGACGCGUCCCCUUCCAUCCUCCCCCCUUUCCUAUCCCCAGCCCCGACUCCAGCCAGCGCCUCCCUCCACCCCAGGACGCUCACUCAUUUCAUCUCAUUUAGGGGAAAUAUAUAUGCAUAUAUAUUUGAGGAAACUGAGGACCUCGGAAUCUCUAGCAAGGGCUAAGGAGACACUCCCCCCACCCCAACCCCCAAAAAUGUAUUUCUUUCUUUUUUUUUUUUAAAGCAAGAUGAAUGGACAGAGAAGGGAAGAAGAGGAAGGAGCAAGAGGGAUUGAGAGGUGGAAAGAGAAGCAUUGGCGUAGAAAGAGGAGGGACCGAUAGGGUUACAGAGAGC